CGCCACACUUUCACAGAAAUAGAAGAAGACGUGCGGCAGUUUUGCUGAUUGAUGAUCUGAGCUCUCCGACUCUACUAAUCAUCUAUACAUUCAAAUAUUUCUGACAGGGUUUUACCUCCACAGUUCCAUCUGAACUGGGUUAACUGCGUUCUGCUGUAAAGAUCGAGGCAUGACUGCUGUCCUGUUGCAGGUGUUCUCCUGCUGUGUUGCAUAUGCAGUGUAAGUUUACCUCCACAAGAAUAGCAAGAGAUCCAACUGGGAUGAAAUCAGAUGAAAUUAAAUGUGAGGAUGUCGAACCCUCAGAGAGCUCCAAUCAUCACCAAAGCUCAUCUGAUAUUUCCCACAUGAACACCUCUCCCAAACCAAUUAAACAAGAAAUUCACCACUGCUCAUUGUGUGGGAAGAGUUUCAGUAAAAAGAGUUAUCUCAAACAACACCAGCGGAUUCACACAGAAAAUAAACCAUAUAACUGCUCACAGUGUGGGAAAAGUUUUACACAAUUGAAUUCUCUCCAGCGACACCAGCGCAUUCACAGAGGAGAGGAACCGUAUCACUGCUUACAAUGUCAGAAGAGUUUUACUAGCCAGAGUCAUCUCCAGCGACAUCAGCGCAUUCACACCGGAGAGAAGCCGUAUCGCUGUUUAGAGUGUGGGAAGAGUUUUACACAGUUGAGUUCUCUCCAUAAACAUCAGCGCAUUCACACAGGAGAGAAGCCGUAUAACUGUUCACAGUGUGGGAAGAGUUUUAAUCGAGAGGACAAUCUCCAAUUACACAAACGCAUUCACAAUGGAGAGAAGCCAUAUUACUGUUCACACUGUGGGAAGAGUUUUACACAGUGGGGUUCUCUCCAUAAACAUCAGCGCAUUCACACAGGAGAUAAACCAUAUCACUGCCUACAGUGUGGAAAGAGUUUCACUCGAGAUGACAGUCUCCAAUUACACCAACGCGUUCACACAGGAGAGAAACCGUAUUACUGUUCACAAUGUGGGAAGAGUUUUACUUGCCAUAGUCAUCUCCUAAGACAUCAGCGCAUUCACACAGGAGAGAAACCGUAUCACUGUUCUCAGUGUGGAAAGAGGUUUAUUGAUAGUGGUAAUCUCAUAACACACCAGAGAAUUCACACAGGAGAGAAGCCGUAUCACUGCUCACAGUGCGGGAAGAGUUUUACACAAAGGGGUAUUCUCCAACAACACCUGCGCGUUCACACAGGAGAGAAACCGUAUCAGUGCUCACAAUGUGGGAAGAGUUUCACACAGAGGAGUAAUCUCAAACAACACCAGCGCAUUCACACAGGAAAUAAACCGUAUCACUGCUAACAAUGUGGGAGGAGUUUUAGUACGAGCAGAAAUUUUCAGCAACACAAGCACAUUGACACACCUGAGAAUGAGGACAUGCUGCAGUUAUUUUGAGAAAGUUUUUUGGGUUUUUUAAUCUUUAAUAAAAUUUUUGGCUCUUACAACUCUACUCUGUACACUUUGCUUCUAUAGAACUCAGUUAUAUAUUUUGUAUGGUAGCACUACUUGUAUUGUUCUCUGCUUGAUAUAUCGCUUUGCUUGUAUUUCCUCAUUUCUAAGUCACUUUGGAUAAAAGCGUCUGCUAAAUCAAUAAAUGUAACUGUAAAUAAUUUGGUGAUCUUUUUAAAUCCCUUGCCAUACUCUUAAGGCAUCCACAACUUUUUUUCUGAAGACCUUACAGAGCAUUUUAGAUCUUGGCAUGAUGACACACCACACACCAAAGGGAACACCAGACACUGGAUAUGAGAGGGGUAUAAAUAAGACCGGUUCCACCUACACUCCCUAAGCAGGUUCUGACCACAGGCACCCAAUCUUUAACACCUGAUUCUAAUUUUAUGGAUUUGAAUAUUUACUUUUUCCAUGUGACUGAACUGUUUUUUGUUCAUUUAAAAUUGGAAAUUUUGACUACAAAAUGGCAAUUUCAUGUGUCAUUUGAUAAUCAACCUUAUUAAUAGGCAUUAUUUCAAAGUGGAUCAAAUGUUUGCUUUUCCAAAUAUGAUUUUUUAAAAACAAUUUCCAUUGAGUUUACUUAUUUUUUCACAUGACUGUAUGUGUUAGCAACAAGAUUCAAUUCAAAUAAAUUUUAUUUGUAUAGUGCUUUUUACAAUGCCCAUUAGUCUCAAAGCAGCUUUACAGAAACAUAUAAACACAGGAUACAGAUUUACUGAUCAUUUCCUUAAUAUUAAACAAUUUUUAAUUUAAAAAAUUAAAAGGUAUUUCCAGGAUUUUGCCAAAUUCAACAAAUCAGGUCCAGGAAGAACAGUAUUUAUCAUGUAUAUAUGAAAAGUGGAA